AUGCUUCGCCGCCUAGGCGGGAGCUCGGGUUCACUUUGGAAACCGAAGAACCCCCAUUCCCUCGAAUAUUUGAAAUAUCUCCAAAACGUACUACAGAAAAAUGAGAAGUUAACGGAACCAAAUCGAAAGAUCAUCGUAGAAGCACUUCGAGCUAUUUCUGAAAUCCUCAUAUGGGGAGAUCAAAACGAUGGAAGCGUUUUUGAUUUCUUCCUCGAAAGACAAAUGCUUUCCCAUUUUCUUCAAAUUAUGGAACAAGACACGGGUCUAUUUGUUUCGGUACAAUUACUUCAAACGCUCAACAUUCUCUUCGAGAACAUUCGACAUGAAACCUCACUAUAUUUCCUUCUAAGCAAUAAUCAUGUUAAUCAUAUAAUCACUCAUCGAUUUGACUUCUCAAAUGAAGAGAUUCUCGCCUAUUAUGUCUCUUUCAUAAAGACGCUUUCUAUGCGCCUAAAUCCUGCAACAAUCCAUUUUUUCUUUAACGAGACAACAAACGAUUUUCCUCUACUUACCGAAACGCUCAAGUUAUUCGAUUCGAAAGAAACAAUGGUUCGUAUCGCUGUUAGAACGGUUGUGCUCAAUAUCAUUCGGGUUAAAGAAGAAGGCUUACAAAAAUAUUUGAUCACCGCAUUAAAGGUUUAUCUCUGUGAUCUUAUUGAUCAAUUAGUGGGAAUGUCGAUUGAUCUUGACGUUUUUGUUCGAUCUGCAGAAAAUGUUACAGCCAAUCGAGAAAGACUUCGUGAUAAAGUGGACGAUCUCAUCGACAUUUUCCAUUAUGUGGGCGAUUUGCUUGAGACAAAUUCGAUUGCUGAUUCGCUCUCUUCACUACUCACAUCAAGAUUCAUUUUCCCAUUACUUUUCAACUCAUUGAUAGCACGAAGAAACAAUCAGGCCGUCCUACUAACUCCGAUAUCAGCAUUGUUCUACGCAUCACAGAUUCUUUUGGUCAUUUCUCAUCGACCGCUUAUCCUUUCUUUCCUACAAGCUUUUCUUUUUGAAGACGCAUCUAUCCUAUGCUCACAAUGGAUUCGAUCUGAGGAUUCUUAUUGUUUACAAACUGCUCCACUUACCGAUUCCACGAUUUCAGAAGAAAGAGCUUUUUUUCACGGUCUAUUGGCGGCUCUGGAUAGUACACAAAAUGAUGAUUAUCUAUCAUUUUACGCCUUGAUGGUCAUUUAUGCAAUGCUACAAAAUAAAGGUGAUGUCAGCGACAUUCUUGCUGCAGCAAGUAUUCCCCAUAAUGGAGCAACUGGAACGGUGGUGACGUGUGAGCCACGCAUUGUCAAAUGUCUCAUCGACGUGGUUGAAUCUGCCGCUAAAGCAGAUUCUCGUUUGAGGCCGAUCACUCUUGAGCUCACUUGUAUCGUAUUACGACAACUUGUGCUAACCGUUGAUGAUGACAAUACGUUGCAUGAAGCAAUUGCCAGAAGCGCUAGCGUUGUUCAAGCAGUUAUGGGAACACACUUAGCAACAGCACUUUCAAAAGAACAACUUUUUUUGGAAAUGUUCGAGGAUGAGUAUCACGAAUUAACGACUCAAACUCUUCGUCUAAAUGCAGUUGGCUGGGAAAUGUUAUUGCCUCCAGCAGCCUCGCCAUUCUCCGGUUUACCUCUAAAUAAACGUUUAUCAAGCGGUCAUGAGGAACGCGUCCGAACGAAUAUUCAACUAUAUUUGCAUACACGGAAACUGAAGCAGGAUAUGCUUGGUGAACAAGAGACCCAUUUGCCAUUACAGAUCGAUUUACAUGCUGUAGUGCGUGUUGGAGAUUGCAUAAACUUGAACAAUUCUGAUUUGCUUUCUGUGACGGUUUCCUUCUCAAGACAUGAGAAACAAUCGCGUUUUUUGGUUACGGAUAGGUUGCAAUUGAUUUUGGUUGAGCCGGAUACAAAGAAAGCUGGAUGGGCCAUUGUAACGUUUGUCGGCCUUUUGCAGGAUACACAAAUCACAGGCGACGCUUCGGAUUCCCGUUCAUUGCAUGUGGUUGUUGAGUCACGUGCCGGAAUCAAACGACCUGGACCGCUACUUUCAGCACGAUUCAUUUUUGACGAUCAUAUUCGAUGUAUGGCUGCAAAACAACGGCUGACAAAGGGUAGACAAAAUGCUCGUCAAUUGAAGAUGGGACUCAUCUGUGACUUGCUUGGGUGUCGUACCGAGGUUCUCGCACGUUCAAACCCAUACAAAAUAGUUAAAGGAUGUGCACCUGGCAGUGCAAGGAAACAGCUGGACACACCCGCGAAUGAUGGACUCGGUUCGUCGAAAUCUUCUUCGAACUCGAUUCCUGAAGAUCCGGUCACCUCUGCAAAUCCGUCGGGAUCGAAAAUUCACCAUAUU